GGCAACCCACUCCAGUGUUCCAGUGGAGAAUCCCAGGGACGGGGAGCCUGGUGGGCUGCCGACUCUGGGGUUGCCCAGAGUCGGACACGACUGAAGCGACUUAGCAGCAGCAGCAGAGAAACUUGAGUCAUCACCUGGUUUGACUUCUUUCUGAGCUUAGUCCCCUAGAUCUGUGUUCAUUGUUUCAACCUUCAGUUUUAUGAAAACCAGUGAUUUCUCUUUUCUUCCUUACAGGUGUAGAGAAUAUCUCAGUGGCGGCUACAGUUCCACCUCUGGUCUGGCUGCCAUGCAUCAUGGACAAAUGGCUAGUAAAAGGCCCUCUAAUCCCACACAGAUGUACCAGCAACCUCCAAGGCUUCUCAUUGUGCAUAUUGCUCUACCAUCCUGGGCUGACGUCUGCUCCAACCUCUGUGAGGCUCUGCAGAACUUUUUCUCUCUAGCCUGCAGCUUGAUGGGCCCCAGCCGCAUCCCUCUCUUCAGCUUAUACAUUGUACAAAAUCAGCACGAGUGCAUCCUCCCUUUUGUGCAAGUGAAAGGGAACCUUGCUAGGCUGCAGGCCUGCAUCUCAGAACUCCGCAUACUGCAAAGAGAAGGUUGUUUCAGACCACAAGGCACUUCUCUGCAGCUGGCAAUAGAGGAUGGGCUCCAGCAGUUCAAACAGUACAGCAGACACGUGAGCACAGGUGCAGCUCUGACCUACAGUUCCCUGGAGAUUACCGUUCUGACUUCACAGCCUGGAAAAGAGGUGGUCAAACAGUUGGAGGAAGGAUUGAAAGAUACAGACCUAGUCAGGAUCAGGAAGCUUCAGGUGGUUGAGAUCACAAAGCGAGUCCUAGAAUGUAUGAACUCAGCAUCCCCUGUUGAAGAGCCCAGCAAUGAGGAGAGUUCUAUCCUGGCAACUGACAUUGAUCUUCAGACUAUAGACAGUGAUAUUGUCAGCAUGGAGAUUUUCUUCAAAGCCUGGCUGCAUAAUAGUGGAACAGAUCAAGAACAUGUUCACCUUCUUCUUCCUUCACGAAGUAUCAGCAACAUUUCCAGAACCAGAGAUGAUUCAAUGUGCCUGAAAUGUGAUCUCCAAGAACGACUUCUCAGCCCAUCCCUACUCCCUGGAACAGCUGAUGGCUCCUUGAGGAUGGAUGACCCCAAAGGAGACUUCAGCACCCUCUACCAGAUGGUUUCCCAGUCACCAGCCUCUUUUUACAAGCUCCGGGUGAUCAAGGCUCUAAAAUCCAGUGGGGUCUGCGAAUCAUUGACAUAUGGACUCCCCUUCAUCCUCAGACCCACAAGCUGUUGGCGGCUGGAAUGGGAUGAGCUGGAAACAAAUCAGCAGCAUUUCCAUGCUUUGUGUCACGGCCUACUGGUGAGUGCCUAUGUCACCAGGUGAUGACGAGUGCUAAAGUACCCACCAGAGGGAAGCAGCUAAUUUAAUCCUGCCCUGAUCCCAAAUCUGUCCCAGUCUUCCAGAGGAUAGAGAAAAACUGGACAUACUUUGAAAUAUGGAUUAAGUAUGACUUGCCUUUGUUGGUUUCAUGCUAUAGAGAAUAAUUCCUGAAUUCUGUUAUAUGACACUACACUUGAAAAUCCUUGAUUUUACAUUUUAAUGGCAACAGGAAAUUGUCCUUAAGUAACUAUAUCUUAAACCCUAUUUUCUUCCUAUCACUAUGCUGGAUAGUAUGGUUUAUUUCAAUGAAGAACACAUAGUCUAUGCUAGAAAUUGUGCUAAGUCCGAGAUAUUCAAUCUAUUAUGGUAGACAUUAUCUGUGGUCUCAAAAAACUUUCUAAUGAAAGAGACAUAAUUAAAUAUGUAUAUUCUUAAUUGUGAGAAGUUUGUGAAGGAAAAUAAGGACUUGCUAUAAUAUAGCCUCUCUAUGAAAGUGACGAUUAAACUGAGAUCUGCCAGAUGAAGGAAUUAGCUAGGUGAAGGGUGGCCGGAAGACCAUUCCAGGUGCAGAGAAAUGCAUGUGAAAAGACCCAAAGGCCAUAAAGAGAUGAUCCUCAAAUCAAGAAUGGAAUGAUCAUUGUGACUGAAACAAAAUGAGCAAGAAUAGAGAGAGCCAAAAGGUGAGAAGCUAAAAGUGAGCAGGGUAAAAAUCAUACCAGGAUUUGUAGCCCAAACUGAGAACGUGGGACUUUAUGUACAGAAAGAAAUCAUUAGAAAUGACAUCAUCUAUUUAAAUGUUUAAAUGAUUAAUUUUACCAAAAUUUAGAAAUGAACUUUCCAAAGCAAAAAUGAAAACAAGAAAAUAAGGUAGGAGGGCGCUGAAGUAGUCUAG